CGGGACCAGGAGCGGAAGCGAGGCGGCUGUGCAGCUUCGGCUACCGGGCGGCGGCGGCGGCGGCGGCGGCGGCGGCAGCGGCGGGAGCAGCGACGACCACGACCGAAGCUGAAGCGGUGACGGCGGCCGGAGCAGACGCUGCCCUCGUGGAGCAGCAGGAAGGUGUGCGGCCGUUCGCAGAGCUGCGGAGAGGCGGACCGGGCAAGACAAGGGCAGCUGCGCCACGGGUGGCAUUGUGCUUCUCUGCGUGCAGGAGUAGAUCCAGAAGAGAAGUGAGACUGAGCCAGAGAGCUAGGUUGCUUCAGCAGGGAAGACUCCCUUCCCCGUGCUUCAGGCUGCUGAGCACUGAGCAUCGCUCAGAAUGGAAGCCAUUGCCAAAUAUGACUUCAAAGCUACUGCAGACGAUGAGCUGAGCUUCAAAAGGGGGGACAUCCUCAAGGUUUUGAAUGAAGAAUGUGAUCAGAAUUGGUACAAGGCAGAGCUCAAUGGGAAGGACGGCUUCAUCCCCAAGAACUACAUAGAGAUGAAACCACACCCGUGGUUUUUUGGCAAAAUCCCCAGAGCCAAGGCAGAAGAAAUGCUUAGCAAACAGCGGCAUGAUGGGGCCUUUCUAAUCCGGGAGAGUGAGAGUGCUCCUGGGGAUUUCUCCCUGUCUGUCAAGUUCGGAAAUGAUGUGCAGCACUUCAAGGUGCUCCGCGACGGAGCUGGGAAGUAUUUCCUCUGGGUGGUGAAGUUCAAUUCCUUGAAUGAGCUGGUAGAUUACCACAGAUCAACAUCCGUGUCCAGAAACCAGCAGAUAUUCCUGCGGGACAUAGAACAGGUGCCACAGCAGCCAACGUAUGUCCAGGCCCUCUUUGACUUUGACCCCCAAGAGGACGGUGAGCUGGGCUUCCGCCGGGGAGACUUCAUCCACGUCAUGGAUAACUCAGACCCCAACUGGUGGAAGGGGGCUUGCCACGGGCAGACAGGCAUGUUUCCCCGCAACUACGUCACCCCUGUGAACCGGAACGUCUAAGAAGCAGAGUAUUUAAAGAAAGUGAAAAGUUGAAAACACACAAAAGAAUUACACCCACAAGCUGCCUCUAACAGCAGCCUGUCGGGAGCUCUGAACAUCUGGCUGGUCACACUGGUGACCCUCUCACUUUUGUUGGAACUUUGGGGGGUGGGAGGGGUUGGAUAUCAGAAUUCCAAAAUUUACCUAUUGAGUUGUUUUUAUUACAGAUUCUCCACACUGCUCCCAUUUCCCUCCUGUGUCCUUUUUCUCAUCUUUUUCUCCUGUCCUUCAGUGCAUGACAUUUAAGGCCACAUAUAGUCCCAGCUGAUGCCAAUAAUAAAAGAAAAAAAACCAAGCGGGCUGGUAUUUUCUCUAUGCAAAAUGUCUGUUUUAGUGGAAAUGACUGAGAGAGCAGCUGUCUCCUGUUUCUCAUGUAUACACACAGAGGGAGCGGGCCGGGGGCCUGGCGCCUCUGCAGGAGGAGGACGCCGUGGUUUCCAGAGCACGACUCGAACCUGCGCCUCCACCCACUUCAGUCCCCUCCAGAUGUUGUUUUCAUAGUGCCUUUUUCCUCAUUUUCAAGGGUUUCUUAUGAGCGGUGUUCUUUCUUUUGUUUUAAACUUAAGUUAAGACAGUCCAGAGCUUUUCAUCCAAUUUGUCUCCUACUCUGUGUAAAUAUAUUUCCCUAAUGGAAAGGGAAAACAGGAUAGAGAAAGGAGACAGCAGAAGUGGAGGGCGUAAAGCCAGAAAUCUGUGCAGGCUCAGCUUUAAUGUUUGUAAGCCCUGCCCCCGAAGGUGAAGGGAUCUCUCUGUGCGGCCGGCAGUCUUUGAUCUCCAGGUCUCAGGUGUGACCUGCUUCUCCUGUCCCGAGUCCCUGGGAGCUAGCAAGUUGCAAACAGAAGCCAGAAGAAAAGAUAGCUUCUAACUGCCCUUUUAGCUGUGCCAGUCUGUAUUCCUACACUGGGUGGGAAUGAAAGUACUUGCUUUUCACUUUUUUUGCUCUUAAAAUGAGUUCCUGGCUUUCACCUGAGUCCCCUAACCCUCAGGGUGAGCACCGGGACAGCAGCCAGGAAGAAUGGCUGUGGGUCCAUCCAUUUGCUGUGGGCCACAGGCAGUUGCUCCCACCACAUCCUGCGCAGCAGGGAGAGUUGGGGAGGCCAAGGCUGUCAGCUUUUGGUUCCACAUAAUGUGCCUGUAAACCGUUUUUUCCUCAGCCCACCUCCCUGCAUAAAACAAGACCACUUCCAUUUUUCUUCCUGGAAGUUAGUGACAGUCUUGGGCCUUUGAGUUCUGAUGGGUUGGUGGCGUCUUCCUGGACUGUGGUUAUGGAGGUGAAGUCAGCCUGGAGCGUCCAAGGCCGGGCUCUCCCUGCCUCCCCUGGCUUCCUCUUACCCUGCUUCUCCUCUCUUCACUGAUGAUAAAGAAAUCUCUGGCAUUUUACACCUGGACCAUUUGAUUGUUUUAUUUUGAAAUUGGUGUAUAUCAUGAAGCCUUGCUGAACUAAGUUUUGUGUGUAUAUAUUUUAAAAAAUCAGUGUUUAAAUAAAAAGACCUAUGUACUUAAUCCUUUAACUGCGGAUAGCAUUUGGUAGGUAGUAAUUAACUGUGAAUAAUAAACCUACAAUGAAUUCUUGUGAAUAAAUAUUCAAUGAAUUCUU